AUGGUACAAGAGAAAAAUUUGAAUAUUUCUACUAAAAUAAUGCAACAUGAAACUUUAGAUUUCAUGUCAGAGAAAAAUUUGAACAUUUUUUACAAAGAUAAUGCAACAAGAAAUAAACAAAAGGCUAAAGUUUGUGAUACAUCUACAGGAAGAAUUUUAUCAAAUAUCUAUUUAGAAGCUUCAAGUAAUUCUUCAUGUAUAUAUAAUAUGACAAUAGCAUCCUAA